UGCCUUUUGGUUGAAGCACUAUGGAGGAAGAGCGGAAGAACAACAACAAGCGCUGGUAUUUCACCCGGGAACAGCUGGAGAAUAGCCCGUCCCGCCGUUUCGGCCUGGACGCAGAUAAAGAACUUUCCUACCGCCAGCAGGCGGCGAAUCUCCUCCAGGACAUGGGACAGCGUCUCAACGUCUCACAAUUGACUAUCAACACUGCUAUAGUAUAUAUGCAUCGAUUCUACAUGAUUCAGUCUUUUACACAGUUUCAUCGAACUUCGGUGGCUCCAGCAGCCUUGUUUCUAGCUGCUAAAGUGGAAGAGCAGCCAAAAAAACUGGAGCAUGUUAUCAAAGUAGCACAUACUUGUCUGCACCCGCAGGAGUCUCUUCCUGACACCAGGAGUGAGGCUUACCUGCAACAAGUUCAAGAUCUGGUGAUUUUAGAAAGCAUAAUUUUGCAGACUUUAGGAUUUGAACUAACAAUUGAUCACCCACAUACACAUGUGGUAAAGUGCACCCAACUUGUUCGAGCAAGCAAGGACUUAGCACAGACGUCUUAUUUCAUGGCAACCAACAGCCUCCAUCUGACCACAUUUAGCCUGCAGUACACACCUCCUGUGGUGGCCUGUGUCUGCAUCCACCUGGCUUGCAAGUGGUCCAACUGGGAGAUCCCAGUCUCAACCGAUGGGAAGCACUGGUGGGAGUAUGUUGACGCCACUGUGACCUUGGAGCUUUUAGAUGAACUGACCCAUGAAUUUCUACAGAUUCUGGAGAAGACUCCCAACAGGCUCAAACGAAUUUGGAAUUGGAGGGCAUGCCAGCCUACCAAGAAAACAAAAGCAGAUGACCGGGGAGCAGAUGAAAAUACUUCAGAGCAGACAAUCCUCAAUAUGAUCUCCCAGAGCUCUUCAGACUCAACUAUUGCAGGUUUAAUGAGCAUGUCCACUAAUUCCACUACAAGUGCAGUGCCUUCCCUUCCCGGCUCUGGAGAGUCAUCGAGCAACCUGUCCAGUGUGGAGAUGUUGCAGAGUGAGCGCUGGCUGUCCUCCCAACCUCCUUUUAAAGUAGAACCUGCUCAGGGUCAUCGGACUAGUGAGAAUUUAGCACUUAUGGGAAUUGAUCAUUCCUUGAAACAAGAAAGUUCAAAUGCAUUUAUUUCGCAGAAGCAGAGUAGUAAGACUGUGCCAUCAGCUAAAGUAUCCUUGAAAGAAUACCGUGCAAAGCAUGCAGAAGAGCUGGCUGCCCAGAAGAGGCAGCUGGAAAACAUGGAGGCUAACGUGAAGUCACAGUACGCGUAUGCGGCCCAGAACCUUCUGUCUCACCACGACAGCCACUCUUCAGUCAUUCUUAAAAUGCCCAUAAAGGGUACAGAAAACCCGGAACAUCCUUUUCUGGAAAAGACUGACAAAACAGCUCUCAAAAUGAGACUCCCAGCAGCUGGAGAUAAAGCUGCCUCUUCAAAACCAGAUGACAUAAAAAUGCGCAUUAAGGUCCAUGCUCCGGCUGAUAAGCACUGUUCUGUAGAGGACAGUGUCACAAAGAGCAGAGAGCACAAGGAAAAGCACAAGACGCACCCAUCUAAUCAUCACCAUCAUCAUAAUCACCAUUCACACAAGCACGCUCACUCACAGCCUCCACCUGGUGCUGGGAGCAAACGUCCAGGUGAUCCAAAACAUAGCAGCAGCCAGGCGAGCACCUUAACACACAAAACCUAUAGCUUGUCUAGUUCUUUCUCCUCUGCCAGUUCUACUCGUAAAAGGGCUCCCCCUGAAGAGACUGGAGGGGCAGCAUUUGAUCAUCCAGCCAAGAUUGCCAAGAGUACUAAAUCCUCUCUAAAUUACUCUUUCCCUCCUCUUCCUACAAUGGCCCAGUUACCUGGGCAUAGCUCAGACACAAGUGGCCUUCCCUUUUCACAGCCUAGCUGUAAAACUCGGGUUCCUCACAUGAAACUGGAAAAAGGCCCCACUGGGGCCAAUGGUCACAACACAACCCAGUCCAUAGACUACCAGGAUACUGUGAAUAUGCUUCACUCCCUGCUCAGUGCCCAAGGUGUCCAGCCCACUCAGCCCCCUGCCUUUGAGUUUGUUCACUCGUAUAGUGAAUAUCUGAAUCCACGGUCUAGUGGAAUUUCCUCCAGAUCUGGCAAUACAGACAAACCCCGGCCACCACCUCUACCGUCAGAACCUCCUCCACCACUUCCACCUCUUCCUAAGUAAAAAAGAAAAAGGAGGAAAAAAAACUUCUCUAAAAAACACAUUUUUUUUUUUGACUACUGAUAGUGGACUAGAAUUACUUCCCUUAUGAAAUGGCACCCUUCUUGGACUAGAGAAUAAAUUGAUCCUGAAACAUAGGUGGGAGGGUGGUGGAGGGCCUUGGUUGUUACAUGUGCUGCCUGAUACUUUUAACUAUUACAGUUUUUACUGGUAUUAGAAAGGUGGGGACAUGGGGAAACUGUGAAGGGUAAGAACACUCUGUCCUUGGCCUCCACCUCCUAGUUAGGUUGAUUGGAAUAGUUACCUUCCCUCUUCGUGUGAGAACUGAAACAUGGGGGGGUUUAUCAAAGAAUUGUGGAUUCUUUUGAUGUUUAAUAUAUCAGAAGAGAGGAAGUAUUUAAACGUCAAAAUCUUCUAAGAGACUUUUUAAAAAUAAUUUAAUGAAAGUAAGUUAUCUGUUUAGUUUUUUUAUAUAAUUGGGAAGGGGAUAGGGAUUUUGCUGUGUGUAUGAGGUACAUAGCAGUGACUCCUGGUGGGUGGGAUCGAGGGUGGGAAUCCUGCAGGGUGGGUGGGAGGGUAGGCUUUUGGCCAAGAGUUUUGAAGUAGGCUCAGGCCACUUGAAGUAUUGAGACCUUUAAGAGUGUACGUAAGCAUGGAUGUGCUUUUAAGUGUGUGUGUUUAAAAAUCAUGUUUUAUCCCCCAUCCUUUACCAUUUUCACUUCGCAGCAGUCUGCUAUAGAGAGUGUGGUUGGUCUUGAGAACAUGAACAAAGAGGCAUGUACUUGAUACGGAAAUUCCUCCCUUUCUUUAUAUGUAAUUGAAUUGUAGAAAGCUCAUACCAUACACGAUAAUGGUCCUGGGAGAAGCCAAGGAGUUAGAGGAUAGUGAGAACAAAUUGUGAUUUGGAAUUCUUAGGACAUUGUGUUUUAAAUUACAUUAUGAAUGUAGGCCUUGCUUUCUAUUUGUAUAUCUGAAGGCAAACAACUGCAUCUUUAAGUGUUUGCGGCUUACAUGAUCCGAGGUCAUGAAUGAUUUUACUUCAUGACCGUCAUGAAUCAUUUUUAAUUCAUGAUCCGAGGUCAUGAAUUAAAUAGUACUGGUGCCAUGAGUGAGCAAGCCUAGCCAGUGCAUACAGUUAUGUUUAGAUUGUCCUCCACUGAUGGCUUUAGAGGCUAAACAGAGGCUCUUAUGGAGAUUUCUAAGAGUUCUUUUAAAAAAUGGUCAGGAGUCCUGUUAUAGGGGCUUAUCCUAGACUUCAGGAGUAAACAUUUCUGAUGAGGAAGGAAGCCUUUCAAGAAAUCUUAGUUGGAACGAAUUCUAAGCCAAGUUGACUAACUGAUAGUGCUACCUAGCCACAGAUCAUGUGAUGUGUUUUUCCUUUCUUUUUUUUUUUUUUUUUUUUUUUGUGGACUUGAUGAUCACUGCUUUGAUUGUGAAAAUGUCCCUUCUAGCUUUUAAUUAUUCUCACUCAUGUCACAUAUUUUCUAACGACACCCAGCUGUACCACAGAGGCACAUAGCCACUUGAUGUCAUAGCAUUUCUCAUGUUCUUCCUUAGAACUUGUCAGGAGUGAAUGAGGAAAAGCGCUUACUAAGGCCUGAGCAGCUGCUUUAUGUUGUGAAGUCUGGCCUUUGCACUAGUCGAUCAUUGUUGUGGAUCUGUGCGUGUCGUGACCUCCUUAUGGGCUUUGCCUGAGGUGUUGGCGUUAUCUUUGGGUUAGCAGAUGUACCUGUCAGCUAGCAUGCGUAGUGUCCAGAUUCUAUAAAUUUAAUAAGAUUUCUGAGGGUUGUGUGAUUUCUAAGUUGUAUCUUUCCUCCCUUCACACCUUCAAGGGUGACAGGUGGGGUUUAUAUAUCCAGUCAGUCUGAUAAAGAUGGAGUUUUUCUUCUUUUAAUCUUGACUGUCAAGGAUGAGUGAUGAUGGUAAGUUUUACAAAUUUCAUUCCUAAAAUUUUGCUUGACUUUCGUGUUAGCAGAAACAAAUACCUGUGGAUUGUCCUUAGGGCUUUUAAUCAGAUACCUGUGUUGCUGUUGGCUGAGCUCUAGUGAAGCAUUAAUCUAAAUCCGGUUUGAUUCUUUUGAGGUAUCACUUUCUGGCUUUAGAAAAUACUUAGGUGUUAGUCUAGUCUUCUCAUGAAUCAGUGUAUGAAUCUUUUAACUGAUUUUAGUGAUUUAACUUAGUAUGUCCUACAUAGUUCUAUAUUGGCUGCACUGGUGUCGAUAGAAAAAAUUAAAAAUCUCUAGUUACAAACAGCAGUGGAUUUGGAUAUAGAAAUAAAUCAUGGUAAUAAUCCUGCUUAAGGAAAUUCCUUAAUUUCUUUAAGCGUCUGCUAUCUAAUUCUUCAUAUUGAAAAUGCAUACUACUCAUACCUUGCUUCUGGACAAAGAUAAUUUGAAGGGCCCUACCCUAGCAUGGGUGGAUUGUAAACAUCUCUGUUUCCUUUAUUUUGGGAACUCUUUUUAAAAAAAGAUUUCUUUUGUGGACAAAUUAUUUUGGUACUAAUGCUGGGAGAGGGAAGAAGGUAGAACAUCUUGAAGUUGAAAUGCAAAUUUUAUUCUCUGAUUUGGGAGAAUUUAAGUGUGUCAUCUGUUGGAUGGUGAGAAGUAGCCCAAAGUCGUCCUACUGAGCUUUCAGUGAUUUUGAUGCCUCCCCAGAUGUCUCUUGCUUGUCACUAACACCCAGCCAAGUGUAAAUGCUGUACCACACUGUCAAGUCUUAUUUUUUAAUCCCGCUGUGGAUGUGAGUUUGAAACAAGCAUGGUACUGUAAUCUUACCUGAUAGAGCGGUCUGGAAUCAAUUUUUUUUUAAGUAGGAGAGCUCUCCAUUUAAUGUUUCUAAAGUUUUUAAUAGGAUCUUGGCACUGGAAAGGGAAGUGAGAGAAAAAUAAUGUUUACUGAAAAGCAGUGUCUACGUUUCCCCUUUAUGACUGUACUUGUGGUUGAACGAAGAGAGACUCGGUUUUUUGUUGCCAGUGAGCUUGGAGAGGGACGCUUGACAGCAUGCUGACUGAAGCCAGAGCAAGUGAUUGGGAACUCCUCUGCGAAAGCUGAGGACCUGAUUAGUCACGAAGCAUAAUGGGGCUGGUUGCAAGGAAACUUGCUGUCUGGCUUACGCACCCAAAGAAGAGAAUGCAGCAGCCUAGUUUAGGGGUAACCUAGGUUUCUUAACUUGAAACUGACCUUUCCCCUUCGUACUUCACACACUUAAAACUGUCCAUUUUCCUAUCAGACCAAAGAGCAAAAAGGAAAAACAAAAUAAAAAAACUCUUUACAAAUUUAUGUCACUCAGGUACAAUUUUGUGGUGAGAUUUUUGUGUUUGUCUUGCUUUUAAGAGUCCUUUCUCAGCAUAUUCCGCAGUUGCCUCUGAUCUUGGGGCGUCUCAGUUUUGGAUGCUACUCUUGAGAUUUCUCCUGCUGUUAUAUGAAUGAUAGGAUGUGAGUGGCCAUUAUCAUAAGGGCUCUUUGUAAAAAAUUUUUUAAAAAAAUUUUAAAAAUUUGAAAGAUGUUGCAUACAUUUUAUAGUCUGGCUCUCAGUUUGAUAUCUUGCUGUCAGGUAUGUUCCUCAAUCUGUAUUUAUCCAUCCCAUCAAUAAAUGUUAAUGGUAAAACAUUCA